AUGGCCGGAAUGAACGACGGUGCUCAUAUGCAUGGCAUGGGAGGCAUGAUGAACAAUGGCUCGGGGAUGACGAUGAUGCACCGCCGCCAUCACAUGAUGAUGCACAUGACUUUCUUCUGGGGCAAGAAUGCCGACAUUCUGUUCGACGGUUGGCCCGGUUCAGACAACCUGGGCAUGUACGUUCUGGCCCUCAUUUUCGUCUUCGUUCUUGCCCUGCUCGUCGAAUGGCUCUCUCACUGCAACCUCAUCAAACAAGACUCGAACCACGUUGCGGCUGGUCUGGUUCAGACCCUAUUGUACGGUUUAAGGAUCGGACUUGCUUACAUGGUGAUGCUGGCUGUCAUGUCCUUCAAUGUAGGAGUAUUUCUGAUGGCUGUGGGAGGUCACACGGUGGGGUUCUUGGCGUUUGGGAGUAGGGUUUUCAAGAAAUCGUCGCCGGGAUCUGGGAAGACCUCGGACCUGCCUCCGAUGAGUUGCUGAUGGAGAGGUGUAACUUGAAUAUCGGAGAUAUAGAUGGAGGAUGAUGAACAAGAGAACCCCUUAUUCUAAAGCCAUGACUGCCCAAGUUUAUUAUUAUGGCAUAUAUGUGUACAACUGAAGUGUGUAUAUAACGAGUGUAUGUGUGUUGGAGUGUGUGUAGAUAUGCGUUCUGAAUUGUGUUUUGAGUUUGUGAAAUUUGGGAGAAAAAAGUGUCUUGAGUGUGUGAAAUUUUAGAGGAAAAAUAUACCCUGUAAGUUUGUGAUGGUUUAUGGUGUUUUACUUGACAUGCAAUUUGAUCAGUCUCAUCUGGACAACCAACACAAAUAUUCCCUCCAUCCUCAUUCAUUAUCAUCUUGUGUGGAGAUAUGAGAGCUACAAUUAAAU